AUGCAAAGGACCCGCGAUCAAGCUCGGAUGCGGAUCCUUUCGGAUCUGACAGUCGAGGAACUCGCGCACUUGCAAGGUCUUCCUUCGGCAAAGACACUCUCUGCGAUACGCGAUGCGGAAGAUGAUGAAAGCGGCAUUCGGCCUCAGCGAGAGAAGAGAGGACGUCCACGCAAGAGUAGGGCCCUAGUGCCUGAGCUUCCUCAAAGGCCCCACAAACCUGACCUCGUGUGCGGCAUCGAUAUUGGUCACCUGCCUCGCCAACAGAGGAAACUUAUGCGGAAACGUAUCAAGAAGCGCGAAGAGCUGUACGGUCCGGCGGUUGCGCAGAAGCUCGGCCUGCUUCACAUGCCCCAUAGAAGUUAUGAAAACGAUCUCGGCGAAGAUCUCAUUCCUCUACUUCCACCCGAGCUCCAAGAGCAGGUGCGGGCGACGGUGCAGAAGAAUCAAAGGCUAAAGAAGCUCAAAGCGAUGAGAGACGCCAGGACAAAGGUUGACAAAACUCUGAGCCACGUCAGGGGUGAAUACGUCAACUCGGAGGGUCGCUACAUCUUUCAUGGGGCUGACUUGUCCCACAUGGACCAGAAUGAACGCAAGAGGGUGAAAGACCGAAUCCGCAAUCGCGUCAAGACCGGUGUUCCGGCACUGCUAGGUGCGGACCUCUUACUGCGCGUUCAACCUUCUCCCAGUGCGACAGAUCAGGCAUCACCUGAUCCGCAAAGCGCUUCGGGCAUGACUCCGACCGAAGACGAAGCGUACGUGCCUUUUGGAGGUACUCUCCUUCCGUCUGCUCCGACUGAGGGACAAGGAAGGACCCAACCUGCAGUUCCUCGGAAUGCGGUCUGCGAACCGGCUCCUACUCUUCCGAGCAUUCCGCAGAGAUGGGAGCACAUUGGUGUCUCACGAGACGACGUGCUUCGAGGUUGGAUGCUAGGCUUCGACGAGGAUGAAGCUGCGCUGCAGCAAGUCAACGAGUCGACAUUGCUGCGCGCUGAUGGUCUGGCGCUGCUGUGGUCGUGAGUCGUGCUGCGAUGCUCAUUUACUGUUCUGAAACUGACGGCAUGGGAUUCCGUACAUUCUUGAAACUCAAGCCGGCAAGAGCACACGAAACCAAAGACGUUGGCCAACAGCACUGCUGAUGAGGCGACGGGUGCUCGUAUGAGUACACUGCUCUUGCCGCAUCUGACCUCGCACAUCCACGCCUUUGUCCAGCGCGUCGUGCAUCGCGUUGCCUCCACACACGUAGGGGACGAUGACCUUAUUCGUCCCGAGCACGUCCAUGACGCGUUGUUGGCUCUGCAGCCAGCCAUGUCUACCCAGAUUCCUGGUCGAGAAGAGCUGGUGAAACACACAGCCUCCAGGCUGGCCGACGCUGCGCGCGACAAUUUUGAAGCUGAUCCAGCCGUGGAUUGGUUCAGUGCUGUUCCACACUGCGUCGCGCCGCACACUGAAGCGCUGAUGAACGGCAUCGACCUGCAAGGCAGCACGACCGGAUCUACCACACUGGCCGCAAGUGUCUUGUCAGCUCAAGACGUAUUCAGGCAACCGAGGCUUGCCGAUGCGGUCGAACCGGAAGCAGAGGGUCACGCUCAGGGUCGGAAUGGGGAAGAUGAGGCAGACAAUGUGUCGGAGUACAGUUCUUUGUACGAAGAUGAGAGCGAGGAGGAAGCGGUACGAGCGCUUCAGCGUCAUCGAUCUGGUGCUAUAGCGCCCGGGGCUGAUGAGGGCUCAGGGCGAGGAGUGCGCAAAUUAGCAAGAGAAAUGGCGCUUCAACGACGCAACGCGAUCGAGGUUGCAGCCUGGGAAGAGUUGGACUUGAAGGACAGGCAUGCUAUGCAGAAACAAGAGCAGGCGGAGUGGGCCAGGUGGUACAAUGUUGAGUUUUGUCCGCCUUUGAUUCAGAAAGAGGAUGAACCGGAUUGCACUUCUGAUGAAGCGUCGGUUCCGGAAGACGAGGCCAUGGAAGGGUCGGACGAUGGUAUGCAGGAGGCGACAGAUGAUGAGGAAGAAUCUGGUGAUGCGACUUCUGAAGCCGGAAGCGAGCUUGAAGUGGAUGACGACAGCGAUGUCGAUAUCGAAGACGAAGACGAAGACGAGGACGAAGACGAAGACGAAGACGAAGACGAAGAUGAUGGGGCGUGA